AUGGCCCUAUCGUUGUGCAUGGGAUCGUGGAGGCGACUGAGACCCGAAGCGAAAUACGUUCUAUGGCUGCGAGUCGACCAGAAAUCCUGCUUCAAGUCGAUUUUCCACGCAGGCUUUGAGCCAUUGAUAGUAGAGCCCGUACGCGACGGUGAUGCAUUGGUGUCAGAUAUAGAAACUGUCAACAGAAUUCUGGGACAACGUGCCGAAGAGGUAAUUCUGAUCACAGUGAUGCUCUAUCAAGUUCCUCAUCUUGUGAAUAAUGCCUAUGGACUCCAAAGUGAAGAAUGCAUUCGAAGACUCAAUGCGGUAAUUAUUUCGGCCGUAUUCAUUCAGCCAAGCUUUGCUCUAAGGUAA